AACGAUAAUCCCUCCUAAUUUCAUUACUGGACACAUCAUUUUUGAUGAGUCGGAUCUGAUCUGCUUUUUCUCGACUAACUUCAUUUCUACUUGUUGAGUCCGUUAACGCUUUAAACUCCAGAGUUUCUAUUGUAUUGAUAUAAAUGUGUAGAAAUGGGAGGAGUUUCAUUUUAGAUGUUUAAAACAGAGGAGGUCAGACCAACGCAGCAGGCUGAGGAGCAGGCAGAGGAGCAGGCUGAGGAACAGGCUGAGGAACUGGCUGAGGAACAGGCUGAGGAGCAGGCAGAGGAGCAGGCUGAGGAGCUGGCUGAGGAGCAGGAUAAGGAGCUGGCUGAGGAGCAGGCUGAGGAGCUGGCUGAGGAGCAGGAUAAGGAGCAGGAUAAGGAGCUGGCUGAGGAACAGGCUGAGGAGCAGGCUGAAGAGCUGGCUGAGGAACAGGCUGAGGAGCAGGAUAAGGAGCUGGCUGAGGAGCUGGCUGAGGAACAGGCUGAGGAGCAGGCUACGUUUUAGUUGACCUGUUUUUGUUGUUCUUUCCCCUCUUUGUCCUCAGCAGUCUUACACUGCUGGGUUUUGUUAUUUUAGUUUGGGAGUGGUAGUCUUGAUUUGCUGGCUUUGUUUAUUUGUUUUCUUUGGUUCUGGUUAGGCAGCCAUUAGCAGGGAGCUGCUAACUCUGACGGCCGACAUGGGGGGUCAGCAGUCUCCAUAACUUAUUUAUGAUUGACCGAGGUUCGGAUCCGGCCCCCGGGCCUCGACUGUGACAUGUGAUGUUCUGGAGAUGAAUGCAGGGAAUCGGGUGGAGAUGUUUGAGAGGAGGAACAGAGAUGAUGCUGAAAGGAUGCUGAGGUUGGAGAAAGAAAAUCAUCAAACACAAAACACUGGAAUGGAUGCUUCUCUGCAGGAAGCUUUAACAGACUAGAUCUUUAUCGCUCUGAUGAUGAUGAAGAGACCCUUUAAGGUGAGCUGUGGUGCAGCGGUCAGCAUGUACGUUCAUCUCCUCUAAAGUCUGCUCUGUCAAACGUGAGUCGCUGAUCUGUGAGAUCAGCCUGAUCCUGCAGGAAAUCUUCAGACAGGCUGACAGCUGUGGAGCUCAGCAGAAGUGUGUUUGUGCGUCCACUCACCCUGUUU